AUGCAGCUGGCGGCCAAUCCACGCGGAUGGGGUGCGUGCCAAUGCAAGUCCAACGGAGUGGGUCGCAUGGACAGUGGUGAGGCUUGGACGGCACAGCUGCCAGCCCCUCGCUGUGUUCAACUUGACCCCAGUGUGACACAACCUUGGCAUUUCAAUAUGCCGGGCUGUUUGGAGGCACCAGACAUGGAUGCUUGCCGGCUUGAUGGCAGGUUCUGCAAAAACGGGGAUGCUUCGUGGACCCAGUGCCCACGUGAUUCCAGCCGCUUUGCCGGAUGGCACGGGCAUUUAAAAUGCCGUGCUAACAGCAGCGGAUGCAGCAAGUGUUCUCCGCAAACAAACGGUUGGGAAGAAGGCGUGGGGAAUGUUUACGCAAACCAGCGUUCGGCGCAACAUUCAGCAGCACUCCGACUCAAGGCGCUGGAGCUCGAACAUGAAGAGUUGCGGCGGCAGCUACAGCAGUUGCCGAUGCCACAGACGCGCAACGACCGGGCCCAGCCGAACACUUGCCAGGAUGGCCACAGUUGCAGUAGUCGUUGCUCUGGGCCAACGAAAGCACGAUCGCGAAGUGCGUGCGGGGCACAAUCGCACAAUGUAGACCGGACUCGGACUGACCUGACGCACCGUGAUGGCCAGGGUCGUCAGCGUUCUGGUCGCGAAGGAUUGCUUGAAAGAGGAUGUGAAUCCAACGGUCUACAGUCGCAGACCAGUUCUACACAGAGAUCAAAGGUCAACCCCGCGAAGUUCGUCACGAAGAGUCAAGGCAAAGAGCGGAGGACGCAAAGCUCCGAGCUGGGCGGACACAACGGUCGACUCGUGAACGGAUUUAUGGACAAGCACGCCCAUCAGCAUAUGCCCAACGACCAGAGCCAUCUGCACAACUUGGGAACUGUUGGUGGCUGGGGGCACGAUGGAUUCGAUCCGGAGUACGGAGGGUAUCAGGACACCCAAUCAGCGCAGCACCAAGAGCUGCCGAGAACUCGAACAGAUGGCUUGGCGCCAGAUCUGCGGCAGAUGCCGCGAGCUGUUUGUCCGACACCUUAUGCACUAGGCUCUGUUUGUGGCCGUGGAGAGCGUGAGCUGCCGGGCUGGAGGAGCAUCCAGGACAGCAAUGAGAUCCUGGGAAAUUGUGCAGAGAUCCUCAAUUCGACGUGCAAGUACAUCUUUGACGUGCUUUCAGGCACAGAGGGGUGGAGCGGAUCCCUUAAGAUCCUCUCGGCUGCUGAUGGCUGUGCUGACGACAUGCUGCAAGAAGCGCAGGCUAGGUAUGUGCCUACAAGCGUCAUGUUGGCACAUGCCUUCGCUUCGUCCGCGGGGGCUUGGUCGAACUACAGGACUAAGAUUCGAGUUUAUGGUGGAGAUGUGCGAAAUCCGGUAAUGCCAUACUGGCAGCCCCAGGCGUUGCCUUGGCAGCUACCGAUGUAUCUGGAUCACCGCUUCAUAUUUCUCGACAACACACAGGACUUCGCCUCGCAGCUUUACAGCCAUGGCCAAUGUGAGGUCGGGCAACUUUUCGACGUGGUGCUGCUGCGACAGGGCCUUUGUUUCUGCGACGACCCAUCGAAGACGUCGACCGCCUGGCCGCUGGAAGUGAGUCUUUCUUGCACCUCUUGUGAAAGCUGCCGGGCCUCCCUGAGCCCCGACCAACUUCCAGUUCAGGAUGCUGCUACCAUCCGUGUCACAGCCAUUUGCGGGGUGUACCGGCUGGAGCCCUUCCUCUGCGAGAAUCGGCCCGCGUAUCGCUUGGGACGCUGUGUGCUGCGAUGGUGCCCGGAUCGAUUAGAGUGGGCUGUCUUGGACGAUGCGGAUGGCGGAGCUUGGGCAUUCGCUCGGGGAGAUCUUGGCCACCCGAUCUUGUCACGUGGGCCCUGGACUGUUUGGGAUGGUCACAACCAUGUGGCAGACGCAAGCUUCGCUUGCAAUUUGGUUCAACCAGCUGCCUCGCCCCCGUGGCACCUCUUGCCCACACAGCGAAUGGUAUGUGCGGGUGUGACGGGAGAUGUCGAAAGCAUCAUCCGGUUCUUGCACCGAAUCGCAGCAAUCCUGGAUACCUCGAGACCCGAUUCCUUUGGAUUGCUCCACGGUGCCUGGACAAACGGGACGCAGGUGGAAGUUGAGCAGCUGCACCGGCAGCUCAUGGAAGCUGCACAGGUCUACAAUGACCGUCGGAGGGCAGCAGGGGGCUUGCCUCUCCAUGCCGCCUGUGUGCUUUGGCGAACUGCGGCGACGCAGUACUGGCUGCAGUGCGAUGGCAUUGUACUCUUCCAACCUGGCAGUGCUGCAGACCCAUACAGGGCCUAUGGCUGGAAGCCCAGCGAUGCCAAGCCUGAUGCACAGUGCCAGACUCUCGUGUAUUUCGGCUCUCAGGCGCAGCUCCCAUCCUCUGAUGCCACAGCAAAAGCCACAUUCUCCUGA